CUGAGCAACACAGGCUUCCCGUUUUCCCAAGCUAGCAUUCUAAAAGGGUCUAGACAAGCCAAUAUAAGUAAAUAAAACCUAUUAACUAUUUGCAUAGGAAGCUGAAGGGAAGGGGUAUGGCUGAGGGCGGGAGUACCGCAUUUGAUGGAAUAAAUGGGCAAUCCACAUGCUACUGCGUACCUUGGGCAGUUAAAGUAAUUAAGCAUCAUUUGGGCCAUAUCCGGUGGUGGCCAGGCUUAUUUCUGGUUCUGGGAUUACAGAUCAUUACUGUUCGCGCUCAAGAGACCGUAUGAGAUGCCGGAGAUCAAACCGGGGUCGGUUGCGUGCUAGUCUAGCUCCCUGGGCGCUGUACUGUCUUUGCACGGUCCUUCGAUAAAGCUCUUACAGGCCCCAGGAAUUUUUUUUUUCUGUUUUGGGGGCCACAGUCGGCAAUGCUCAGGGCUACUCCUGGCUGCACUUAUGAAUCACUUCUGGCUGGCAGUACUUGGGGGAUCAUGUGGGAUGCCGAGGAUCGAGCCUGGGUAGCCACGUGCAACCUUACCGACUGUAUAAUCUCCGGCUAGCGUCCCCAGGAAUUUCUAAUUUCAGGAGACCUCUUUAUUUGGCGUUAUACCCCUUAUCCCAGGGAAAAGUGAAGAUGCGAUUCCGGUCCUAAUUGCCCUUGUAUUGCAACAUUUACGGUAAUCUCAGCUGAAGGCCCGCUCCCGCGGGUGUGCGCACGCGCAGGAGGAGUCUAGAGCUGGACCCACGCGGGGCUGGGCUGGCGCUGCGGCGCGGCGGCGUGAAGUGCGCGUGGAUGGCCCGGGCCGGAGCGCGCCAGAGAACGACUCUGGGCCUGGCGCUGCGGCUGCUGCUGGUUCUCGAGUUGGGACGACAGGUCGCCCUGAAUCCACUGCCGCCUGGGUCCAGGUCGCUGGGACAGGCCCAAGGCUCCUGCCCACCCUCCAGCUUCCAGUGUCGCUCCAAUGGCUACUGCGUGCCCCUCACCUGGCGCUGUGACAGUGAUGAGGACUGCCCUGACGGCAGUGAUGAGGAGGCUUGCAGAAUCGAACCGUGUCCCCAGGACGGGCCGUGUCCACAGCCCACCGGCGACCCCUGCUCUUGCGACAACAUCAGGGACUGCCCCCGUGGUGGGGAGGGGCGCCACCUCAACUGCAGUUACCCGCCGUGCCCCGCGGGGGAGCUGCGGUGCCUGCUGGGCGCUGCCUGCAUCCCGCACACGUGGCUCUGUGACGGUCACCCCGACUGCCCCGACGCCAGCGAUGAGCGGAGCUGUGGAAAUCAGACCAGUCAGGAGGGGAACAGCACGUCCACGGUGACCCCCGAGGCCCUGGAGAGCUCCCCCUCUGUCAGCAACUCCUCAGCCUCUCCUCCCGGGGACCAGCUCACAGACCAGCCCCAGAACCCAAGUGCCAGUUGGGGUGUGGCGGUUGGUGCGGUGCUCAUCAUAGCUCUGGCCAUCACCUCCCUGGGGGUGUACUGCCUGGGGUUCCGGAGACGCCCCCCGCGCCCCUGGCUGCUGUUGGACCUGAAGAAUUGCCUGGUGCUGUUGGACCAGAAAACCUCGCUGCUCUGAGCUGACACCUCACAUCCUCCCCCCGCCCCCCGCCAGGCUGCGAAGGGAACACACAUAGAUGGUGGCAGGUGCCCACGUGGCUCGUUGUACCUGAGCACCCACAGAUGUGACUGCAGCUUGGGGUGCCCAGACCUUCAGCUCCCUAAAUCUGACUGUGGGGAGUCUGGCUGGGGAACGGCCCCCGACUGGCACCGAAGAAUCGCCCCACCCCACCAUGGGGCGACCCUGCACUUUGACACUCCUGCUGGAUCCUCGCUCGAGGGGUUUUAAAGAUUAAAGUUCCUUCCCAUCUUUUCAUCUCUCGUCUCUGCACACAUGCAGUACCUUUGCUGUCACCCCACAUUCUAGGGGGUACUCCCCCAGCUCUGGAUGUCUCCACUUUAUUUAUUUAUUUAUUUAUUUA